AUGGAUAAGGAGUGCGAGAAGGCGGCGAGAAUAUUGAGAAGCUUCUGCAAGGAUGGCAUUUACACCGACACCAACACGGCUCCACCCGUGGAGACAGCCGAUGGUAAAGCGAAGUCGAAACCCAAGUCGCGAACGCUUCUUACAAUCCCAUCGAAGGUCAUCAAUCGCGCCGUCGGUCUGGCGAUCUUCACCACGGCCCGUGCUGGCUUUCAUGUCACCGGCGCGACCGGAUCUGGUGUGUUGAUUGCCCGGAUGUCUGAUGGCAGCUGGUCACCUCCUUCGGGCAUCCAGGUGUACUCUGUCGGCGCAGGAUUUGUCAUGGGCAUUGAUAUUUAUGACUGCGUGGUGGUGAUCAACACAAAGGAGGCUCUAGAGGCCUUCACAAGAACCCGCAUGGCGCUGGGAUCGGAUCUGGCAGUUGUCGCCGGGCCAUGGGGUGCCGGUGGCAGCAUCGAAUUUGCCGCUCCAGCGUCAGAGGGCAAGGACAAGAGCAAAGCGUCUGCGGUCGAGGGUGGCGCACCAAGUGCCGCGGCUCCCCACCAAGGACAUCCGGUCGAGCCUGUUCCUCCUGGCGAAAAGCCCCCGUUAGCUACGGAUGUCCCAGUAGGCGGUCCCUUGCCCACCGUGAACGAGCCACAGGUUACGACUGGGCCUGAAACGACGACUACAAGCAAGACUAGCACUGCAGGCACGAGCAAGGAUCGCAAGCCUUCGCCAUUUCGACAAGCAAUCUCGAAGCCGGUAUAUUCCUACGUCAAGUCUCGCGGCUUCUAUGCCGGAGUUCAGGUUGAUGGUACAGUCGUGACGGAGAGGAAGGAUGCUAACGCAGCUUUCUAUGGCACUGCUAUCCCGGUCGACAAGAUCCUCAAAGGCGAAGUUCCUGCCCAGGGACCUGGCGGUAUGUGGCCCGCUGCGUCGAAGCAGCUUUUUGAUGUCGUGAGAGGCGCCGAGGGCUGGAGAGGCCAAAAUCAAGCCUCCACCGCGCCGGUCCCUCCCCCUGGAUCAGUUCAGGCUCCCGCGGGUCAGCACGCUUUUGCCCCUUCACCGGUAGCGGGAUAUUCGCAUCAACCUGAUCCAAGUGUCGCAGGAGCUACCGCUGGAGUACAACACAUAAACCUUGGCCCGUCAGGUAACAAGGCCGAUGAGGCUGCCGCUCAUCAGGAGCCUCCGCCACAGAGCGCAGCGCCGCCUUACAGUGAGCCUGCUCAUACCGAUGAACUGCCGCCUGCUUACGUCGAUGACGGUCAGGUUAGGCCUGGUGUUGGUGAUACAAAGGGGCAUCAGUAG